AUGUCAGACAACGAAUCUUAUACGGACAAACUAUUCGAAGGCGAAGACGCUAGCAUCUCAGACGCUGAAACGGUUAUAACAUCGCCGGAUCUUUCGAGGGACGAAAACUCUGACGCGGAAAAGGCUAUCGAGUGCGACGAUGCUGAUAUCGAAGACUUGACGCAUCUCUUCGGCGGUAACGCUCUACCGCCCGAGUAUUACCAAGGCACGAUUGAGGAUUUUGACGACGGAAAAUACAAAAAACGAAACUACAGUGACGGAAUGAAGAUUCUGAAGCGUUUGUGUGAGGACCUUUGGGAAGAGUAA